AUGCCAAAAGCUCUAGGGGGCGCCAUGGACAUAUACUUACGUUUUAUUAAAUGUAAUGGAGGCAGAUUCCAAGAUGGUGGUUUUAACGAGGGUGGAGAACCAGCAACCAUCGGUAAAGCUUUCCUGCUCGGUUUCGCACGCGUAUACUGUGCGAGGUUGCAGUUUCCGCGACCCGAGGGAAAGACACUCGUCGCCACACAAGAAGGAGAAAGCGAAGAAGAUCCGGCAGUCAGAUACUCAACAAAUAUUAGCAACCACGAGUGCAGUCUGCUUUCAACCAACCCUGUGGAGAGUGUGCUUGGCGCGUGGCGCUGCGCUGUCGAAACAGAUCUUGGCACACACUACGGCUUCUUAUCCGUCAUCUGUCCUUGGCUAUUGAACGAUACUGAAAAUAAAGAUGAUUAUUAUUUGGAACCAUUUUUAGACACUCAAAGGGAAUCGAUAUCUGCAGUUGAAGGAGCAGUCACUAUGUCUUGUAUUAUUCAUGCUCCUAUCAGAUACUGCUAUUUUGAAGCAAGUAAUGGCACAAAGAUCAGUGUGGCGCCUGAAACAUUAUCCACGGAUCUGAAAUACGUUGGAAGUGGUUUUAAUGCUGGUGAGUGUGGAGUCAGGUUUACGAAGCUGGUGGCCGGGGACAGUGGCACCUGGAGCUGUCACGUGGGACUCGUCAACCAAACGGGGAACAAAGUAUCCAGUUCCAAGUCACCAUCGAAGGUCAGGCUGAGACUUUUGGUAGUCAAAUAG